CGUUACCCGACGACGAGUGAGCGGGACGGCCGACCUCGCUGUUCUCUUUAACCGUACGCCAAGAAGAACGGAAUAAAAUUUCGUUACUUUUUAUAAGUGGAAAACUAAUACUUUAUUGUGUUCGGUGGAUCAGGGUUGGAUUAAUAGACAAUUUAAUUGACAACUUUUAAAAAAACAAAUUUUUAACAAGGCUAGUCAAUGAAAAUCUGAAUGCAGCAUCCACAGGUGUCUCGUUGAAAAGUUUUCAAACUUUCUGCAUUUACGUUUGCGUUUCGUGGCGGAUUAUAUAUUAUUGUGCCCUGUGAGAAAAUCCUGAAAUGGUAUUUGUAGUGAGGACUUUCCAGUGAAAAAUGUGUUUGAAGUGCCGCUGAAAAGUUUUGCGGAAUGGUUGAUGACGGAUGUAAACAAGGUAAAAAGCACCGUUUAAUCAACAUGGAAGAAAAGGAGCGGAAAUCGUUGGGAAAGUUGUGUAAUUUUAUGUUCGGCAUUGUCCUCCUCAGCUUGAUGUUUCAAACUACACUUGCAGAUAAUCUAUUGCAAGCGCCCAGAUUUACGACGUUCUCGAGCAGCAGCAUAAUUAGAUUAGGAACAACGAAGAUCGUGCAAUGCCAGGCUUUCGGUAAUCCACCACCCCAAUUCCAAUGGAUAAAAGAUGGGGUUGCAAUAACCGAAUUCUCCACCGACCCCUUCUACAAAAUCAUAUCGGCCCGUCAUAAAGAUGGAGGAAAUUAUAGAUGUAUUGCUUCGAAUAAAAUCGGCUCGAUACUUAGCGAAGAAGUUAAAAUUGUUGUAGCAUACAUGGGUGUGUUCAAUGAUAAAACCGAACGAACGAUGUCAGUGACAGAAGGAAGUGCAGCUAUACUCAAUCUUCCUGAAAUCGAGUCCGUUCCCUUACCAGACGUCACGUGGCAAACUGACGAAGGCGUACUACCCUACGCCUUGAAAUAUGCGAAAUCGAAAGCGAAUCAACUGAUUAUUUUGUCUACCGAUAAGACUGAUCAAGUACUCUACAGGGCACGUGCAAUAAAUACCCAAGAAGGAAAAGAAGAGAACAGCCCCUUUACAAGACUAACGGUCGAGGAUUCGCCUGGAAUCGAAGAAAUAGCUCCAGAAAUCAUCGUUCCUCCUGAAGAUUUGGAAAUAGUCAAAGGAUCGCCGGAAGCUACUUUGGAUUGUAUAGCUAACGGAAAGCCUCUUCACGAGCUCGAAACAUUAUGGUUCAAAGACGGGAUUCCGAUCGAGAACGCAGGAAUUGCUUAUUCCGUAAACGAUAUCUGGAACAGGAGUUUGGCUUUAGUGGGAAUUAACACAACCCACAGCGGAGUGUACGAGUGCAAUAUUAAUUUGAGAUCUGGAGGCUUUCCCACUGUAAAAGCAUCAGCACAGGUCACAGUUCUGGAAAAGCCUAGAUUUUUGAGCAAUGCGAAACCCGAAACCUUAGCUGAAUAUGGUUCGCAGUUAAACUUGCCAUGUGACGUAAUUGGAAUCCCUAAACCUAACAUUACGUGGUACAAAAAUUCUGAGGAACUGGAUUUGAACGACAAACGAUAUGUCGUUGAAAAAGACAAUUCAUUAUUAAUCAAAAAAUUAUCGAUCGACGACGACGCUAUGUUCCAAUGUUUUGCGAGGAACAAGGCUGGGGAAAGUUCCUCAACAACAUGGUUGAGAGUUAAAACUACCCAGCCGGUUAUGGAAUUUGGUCCAAAAAAUUUGACUGUGUUAGAUGGAAAUGAUGCUACGUUGACUUGUAGAGCUGCUGGAGCUCCUAUGCCAAAUGUUACUUGGAUUUUUAACGGCCAAGAAGAAGUAAUCACCUCUAGUCGAGUCCAAAUAUUGGAAACAGGCGAUUUAUUAAUUGCUGCUGUCCAAGAGCAAGAUGCCGGCCAUUACACGUGUGUUAGGACUAAUGAGGCUGGAGAAGUCAGAGGAUCAGCCCAUUUGUCAGUCCUAGUACGAACCCAAAUUGUCCAGCCACCUGUUGAUACCAGAGUCUUACUGGGCCAUACAGCCACAUUGCAAUGCAAGAUUUCAUCGGAUCCCGCCGUGCCCUAUAAGCUGGAUUGGUUUCGGGAUAAACAGAUGAUUAAUCCAAGAGGUAGUCAACGAAUCAAUAUAUUAGAAGACGGAAUGUUGGAAAUCCAAGCGGUCAGAGCUUCGGAUGUCGGACAUUACACGUGCUCGGUACGAUCUCCAGGAGGAAACGAGACGAGGUCCGCGAAAUUGAGCGUCAUAGAACUGCCGUUUGCUCCUACGAAUGUUAAAGCGGAAAGAACUGACGAUGGUGGUCAGAGGGCAGUGAAUGUCAGUUGGACGCCGGGGUUCGAUGGUAACAGUCCUAUAAAACAGUAUAUCGUUCAAAAAAGAGAAGUUCCUGAAUUCGUUCCUCCCAUUACAGGUCCUAUUCCAGACCCAUUACUCAAUUGGGUGACUGAGCUAAGUAACGUUUCUGGCGAUCAACGUUGGGCUUUACUUACAAACUUGAAAGCUGCAGCUUCGUAUCAAUUUCGAGUCAGCGCAGUGAAUAGUGUCGGUGAAGGCAGUCCAUCAGAGCCGAGCAACCAAGUGAUGCUGCCACAAGAAGCGCCCUCCGGACCACCUGUAGGAUUCGUAGGCUCCGCAAGGAGCUCCUCGGAAAUUAUUACUCAAUGGCAACCACCUUUAGAGGAACACAGGAACGGAAUUAUACUAGGUUACAUUAUACGUUAUCGACUGUAUGGUUACAAUGAUAGUCCUUGGACUAUCAGAAAUAUUACCAAUGAAGCUCAACGAAAUUAUUUAAUUACGGACUUAAUUACUUGGAAAGACUAUGUAGUGCAAAUUGCUGCCUACAACAACAAGGGAGUGGGUGUUUUCACUGAUGGGGCAAAAAUCAAAACCAAAGAGGGUGUGCCAGAAGCGCCGCCAAUAAUUCAGAAAGUUGAAGCUCUCAAUUCUACUGCAGUUGAAAUUUGGUGGAUCCCGCCUGAUCCGCAAAAAAUUAAUGGAAUAAAUCAAGGUUACAAAAUCCAAGCAUGGCGCUGGCAUUCAACCAGAGGACACUUAGAAGCCAGUAUGAUGACAGUUCAUCCUAACUUGUUAGACCCUUACGCUGAACAAACAGCUUUAAUGACCCACUUGGAAAAAUUCACAGAAUACAAUAUAACAGUGCUCUGCUUCACCGAUCCUGGAGACGGCGAAAUUAGCGAUUAUGUUUACAUAAAGACUAUGGAAGAUGUUCCUGACGAAGUUUCAAGCUUACAAUUUGACGACAUCAGCGAUAGAGCCGUAAAAGUCUUGUGGCUACCUCCGAAGAAAAUCAACGGUAUUUUGACAGGCUAUCAAAUACAGUAUCAAGUUAAAGAUAUGCCAGAAACUCAAAAAGUUAGGAAUUUGUCGGCUGAUACUUUGGGUGAGAAAAUUACGGAGUUGCAAGCCACGACGCAUUAUAGAUUUGAAGUUACUGCUUGGACUGCUGUCGGACAUGGACCACCUAAGGUCGCUAUUAUUCAAUCAGGAGUGGAACCAGUACUACCACAUCCACCCUCUAAACUUGCUCUUUCAAAUAUAGAAGCUUUCUCGGUGGUACUUCAAUUCACUCCAGGAUUCGAUGGAAAUUCUUCAAUAGCAAAAUGGACUGUGCAAGCCCAAACUACGAGAAACGCAACCUGGUUCACUGUUUAUGAAAUAAGCGAUCCUGACGCUACGACUAUUACUGUAACUGGAUUAGUACCUUUCACUCUAUACAGAUUACGCUUGAUUGCAAAUAAUGUAGUUGGCUCCAGUAGUCCCUCCGAAGCAACAAAAGAAUUUCAAACAAUCCAAGCACCGCCGGCCCAUCCUCCCAAAAAUGUAACUGUACGAGCUAUGAGCGCUACAGAAUUAAGAGUGAGAUGGAUUCCCUUGCAACAAAUUGAAUGGUUCGGAAAUCCCAGAGGCUAUAACAUUACUUACAAAGAAGUAAGGACUGGUUAUACGUUUAGCGCUACCAUUGAAGAUCAUACAGCCAAUUCUCAUGUUAUUAUCGGGCUGGAGGAAUAUGCCCUUUAUGAAAUUCGGAUGCAGGCUUGUAAUGAUGUUGGGUGCUCCUCGGCUGGUCCUAAGGCUUUGGAAAGAACCCGAGAAUCAGUACCGUCCUUUGGUCCAUUGAAUGUAAUGGCAAAUGCCACAUCCUCAACCACAGUGGUAGUAAAAUGGGGAGACGUUCCAAAAGAACAUCAAAACGGCCUAAUUGAAGGUUUCAAAGUGUACUAUGCCACAGAUACGAAGAGUUCUGUAGAUUAUAAAGUUAUACCAAACAACUCUACUUUCACUACAACACUCACAGAGUUAAGGAAAUAUGUUGUAUAUCAUGUCCAGGUAUUGGCUUACACAAGAUUGGGAGAUGGCGAUCCCAGUAAACCAGCUAUAAGUGUACGCACGUUCGAGGAUGUCCCAGGAGCGCCAUCCAAUGUAUCGUUUCCCGAUGUAUCUUUCACAUCUGCCAGAAUAAUUUGGGAUGUCCCUGAAGAACCGAAUGGUGAAAUUUUAGCUUACAAAGUUACCUAUCACAUCAACAACAUCAACACAAACAAUAAAUACUCGAAAGAAUUCCCGCCUUCGGGUAGGACUUUUAGAUUUACACAAUUGGAGCCUGAGAAAUAUUAUAUGUUCUCUAUAACUGCUCAGACAAGAUUAGGUUGGGGGAAAACUGCUCAUGCUUUGGUUUAUACAACAAAUAAUAGAGAACCACCACAACCACCCUCUGUACCACAGAUUAGUAGGUCUCAGAUACAAAGUAGGGCGAUUACCUUCAAUUGGACACCAGGACGAGAUGGAUUUGCACCAUUAAGAUAUUAUACUGUACAAAAAAUGGAAAGCAAUGGUCCUUGGCAAUCUUUGUCAGAAAGAGUUGAUCCCCAAUUAACCUCAUAUACGGUCACAAAUUUAAAACCGUACACCACUUACCGCUUUCGCAUACAAGCUACCAAUGAUAUUGGUCCUAGCAGAUUUAGUCCUGAAUCCAUUGAAGUUAGGACAUAUCCAGCAGCUCCAAGCAAACCUGUAAGUGGUCUUAAAGUAGUGCCAAUAACUACCAAUAGCGUUGAAGUAUUUUGGAUACCGAUAGAUGAGCAAUAUUGGAGCGGAGAUACCAAAACUGGCGGUUAUAGAGUGGAAUUUCAACCUGUGCCGGAUUAUUAUGCUCCGUUACAGGCUACUCCAAAAGAGGAAGUUAUGGGAAUAAAUGCUAGCAAAAUGGUUCUUACCGAGCUCCUUCAAGACAAAAAUUAUGAAAUCAUAGUACUGCCAUUCAAUAUCCAAGGGGAAGGUCCUGCAAACCCCCCUGUCACAGUCUAUGUGGGAGAAGCAGUUCCUACAGGAGAACCUAGAACGCUACAAGGUGAACCAGUAUCAUCUACCGAAGUACGUUUACGCUGGAAACCUCCUCAACAACAUAUGCAAAACGGCGAACUUCUCGGAUAUAAAAUAUUUUAUACGGUAAUCAAUUCUCCCCAAGAACUUGAAGAAGGCAAACGAUGGGAAGAAGAAAUCGAAGUGGUUGCCGCUUCGAGCACCGCUCACAGUUUAGUAUUUUUGGACAAAUAUACGGAAUAUAAAAUACAAAUUUUGGCUUUUAAUCCUGCCGGAGAUGGUCCCAGGUCACAGCCUAUAGUAGUCAAAACACUUCAAGGACUUCCUAGUGCACCUGUAAAUUUAAGAUUCACGGAAAUUACAAUGAACAGUUUGAUUGUAAUGUGGGAUCCUCCCAAGAAACCUAAUGGCGAUAUUAUUGGGUAUAUUGUAACAUAUGAGACAACGGAAGAAAAUGAUCGAUUCAGCAAACAAGUAAAACAAAAAGUUUCAACUAAUUACCUACAGGUUCGAAGUUUAGAGGAAGAAAUCACCUAUACUUUUACAGUAAAAGCUCAAACCAUUGGCUAUGGACCUCCUGUGUCCAAUAAUGUAACUACAGGGCCUCAAGAAGGUUCUCCAGGAUCUCCAAAAGAGCUUACAGUUGUUAGACAAUUGACUAGUAUUGAUUUCCAUUGGUUAAACGGCCCUACUGGCAAAGGACCUAUUUUGGGGUACUAUUUGGAGUCUCAAAGAAAAGACGAUACAAGAUGGCAAACUGUAACCAAAACAAAUAAUGGCCCUUUGGAAGAGUUUACUAUAUCCUAUCAGAGCCUUUUACCAUCCACUGCAUACAUUUUCAGGACUAUUCCGUAUAAUAAAUUUGGAAUUAGCUGUCCUGCCACCUCGAAAGACUAUAUUUUGACUCCUUCCAAAUUGUACAUGGAAUAUGGCUACUUGCAAAAUAGCCAAUUCUACAGACAAACUUGGUUUAUGGUAGCAUUAGCAGCCAUUUCGAUUAUCAUUAUUAUUAUGGUAAUAGCGGUUUUGUGUGUGAAAAGUAAAAGUUAUAAAUAUAAACAAGAAGCUCAGAAAACUUUGGAAGAAUCAAUGGCGAUGUCAAUGGGUGAUCAUCAAGACUUGCCUCUAGACUAUUAUAGGUCAAAAAGUAAUAAUGGAACGAUAAGUGCCAUGGGAACUUUAGGAAAGAGGACUGGACAAAGGAAACAGCCACAAAAUCAGCCACCACCAAUAUUGGGUAAAUCGCCUCCAAGACCGUCUCCAGCUUCAGUUCCUUAUAACUCAGAUGAGGAAAGUUUAAAAGGAUACGAUGAGAACCCUGAUGAUAGUAGUGUCACUGAAAAACCUUCUGAAAUGAGUUCAUCCGAACAGGGUUCCGAGAGUGAAAAUGAGAGUGUCCGCUCAGACCCGCAUUCCUUCGUGAACCACUAUGCCAACGUCAACGAUACUUUGAGACAAUCCUGGAAAAGGCAGAAACCAGUAAAGAACUACAGCAGUUACACUGAUUCUGAGCCAGAAGGAAGUGCGGUCGUCAGCUUAAAUGGAGGCCAAAUUAUCUUAAACAACAUGGCAAGGUCUAGGGCACCUUUGCCAGGUUUUUCAUCUUUCGUGUAAAUUAUUUAUAAGUUAAUAUUCAUAAGAGUCUGUGAGUCAAUGGCAAAACCUCUGCAAUUAAUUAUUAUUUCAAUAUUGUUGUUGUAAUUUGCUGGCUCAUUGACAAAAGCUUUAAAAAACUUCCUUUUCUUUUAUUUCUUAAAUAGAACUAUCUGUGAAUGCCUAGCUACUUAAGAAUAACUUGUAAAUAAUAUCUGCUAGUGUAUAUUAAAAGUUUUUAUCUUCUGGACCAAAAUGUAGGCAAACUUAUUUGCCUGAUCUCAAACUAGUUGAGGCUCUUUGUUAUGAUAAAUAUACUUCUUGAUAAGUAUAUUAUCUACUCACAAAUGGUAUGUAUGAUGGUGCGAAUUGUUUCAUGAAAUUCUUUACGUAGGUUAUAAAUAAUAACAUACUUAAAGAAUUGGCUUAAACUUAACAGUAGGUUAUUGCAAAUGCAUUUUUUUAGUUUUUAGGAUUAGCCAUAACAUGAUAAAGCCAUAUUUCGGAUCUGAAUUUAAUGCUUUGUUUAUGCCAAUUUAUAAAUUUUUUGUAUACUUAUACUACAAGUUAGAUUGCCAUAUUCGCUAUAACCUACUGUUGAUUACAAAAAUGGCCAUACAAGGUAGGCUGGAGCAGGAAGCUUUGCUGAAGCCGAAAAAAUUGAGAAUUUAAAUUAACUAAUUAUUAUGAAAUAAAAAGACUUGACUUACAUGAAUAGGUUCUUUUGUAUAUAGUAUUUUUUACAAUUACUAUUCUAUUGUUCAUACUUUACCUUUUAAAGCUGGUUAUAAUAAUUAUAGAAUAAUUUUAGAUAUUUAUGUGGAGUAUAUUGCAUCACUGUCAAUUAUCUAGUUCAGCUUUUGAGAUACGCUAAUUAUGUUUGAUUUCAAAGUCAAUCAUUUGACUAACAUAUAAUUAGCGUAUAUUUUCCUAUAAGUGUUUAUCGAAUCAAAUAUUACUUCUACACUUUUUACAAGAAACUAUACAGAUAUGUUUGGAUGGUUGUUAUUUAAUAUAAAUCUUCAUAUAUGUGGUUAGUUAUCAUAGAGAUGUCAUUAUCCAGAAGCCUUCAGGAUUCAAUUUCUCAUUGGAUUAUUUUGGAGGAAAAUCUCUAUGAUUACCUACUUUAGGUAAUAAAUGUAAUAAUUUUAUCACUAGGAUGAGGAUCCUAUACAUUUUUUUCAAUAAUAUUGUUUCUGUGUGUAUUAGGCAAAUAAUCAACUUAUAAACAAUGUUCAGUGUUCAUUGUUUUUUUUUUGGGAUAUAUGUGCAAAAUAAUAAAUUUUGUAUUUAGUUUUUUUAAUGCCCUCCAUGUUAUUGAAUUAAGUUUUUUUAAAUACCUUUUAAUUUUCAUACUUUCGUGAUUAAAUCUUUCUGCUAUUCAGAUUGAUCUCUGGUCUAAUUAAUAGGUAACAUCAUUUACCUAUUAGGUUAGGUAGGUACUUUAUCAAUUGGUUGAAGUUCAAAAUUGUUUGUGCCAAUUUUGAACUAGAAAUCCUGUGAUGAGCAUUGAAACAAAUUGAUGAAGAAAAUUUUAUUGUAAUAUGUAUUUGUAACAAAUAUGUAAUUUUUUUUUGUCUUUCUCUGCGCAAAUUGUUUGUUAUCCUAAAUUGUUUCCGAAAAUAUCAAAUAUGUAAUAAUUUAAGCAAUUUUUGAACUGAUUGUUCUACAUUCUUCAUUUCUUUACUGCAUUUAUCCAAUAUAAUUUAUUAUAGCAAGCUGUUUGUAUAAUAAAACUGUGAUUCUAUAAGAUGAGUUUAUUUACUUAUUCUACCCUUGUUAAUUCAGUCAAUCUAUGCAAUAUUUUUCCCAGAUUUAGAAAAAACAGAUAAUCGCUUAUGUUUACAGUCUAUGAAAUCAACUUCCAAUUUUAUUUAUUUUUAUUUAUUUAUUUAUCGACGGGAAAUCCCAUAAUAGCAUACAGAACAUCUAUUUACAAUAAUUAGACGUUUAGGGAACAAAUUAGUUGACAACAAAAAUUAAAAUAGAAAAACAAAAGACUACUCAACAACAUGACAAUAUGGCGAACAUUACUUACAAUAAAAUUAUUUCUUAUUACUAAAUAUCACAUUAUUAGGUACAGGAACUUUGUUUAAGUAGUUAAGUUCUCUUUUAAAGUCUUCACGAGUACUGAAAAAAUCCAGGGUAUUGAACUCAUUAGAGAUUCAGGAAACUCUGGACAUAAAAGUAUUCGAACCAUAGUUAGUCCGGUGGAUCUUUUCUGAGAAGGUAGUGGAAGAUAGUAGGUAUAUAGAAUCGUUUUGAGAGUUUGGUAUUUUGAAAAAUGUUAAUAAAUCAGUUUGAUUUCGUCUGGCGGCUAAGGGUUGCAGGUUGAAGCGUCAGUAGAGGUCAUCAUAGUUUUAGAUAUAAUUUCCGGGAGGAGGACUACUUGUCUUGAAGGUCAAGUACUGUACAAAUUUACGCUGCACCUGCUCCAUGGCAUUGAUGUGGACAGAAUACAUAGGUGACCAAACCAAGGAGCAGUACUCCAGGGUGCCGACUAUCGGGCCAGGGAGUAGAGCUCCCUGAGAGUACAAAUUUUUCGUCUUUAUCAUUCUCGUCCACUUUUCGAUAACGUUGACAAGGACAAAACAUUCGUUCUAUCGGGAAGCUCUAUUCGCUUAGCCGAGAAUCCGGCUUUAGGAUGGGCUUUAUCAUUGUGCAGUAGAGAAGCCUUAUGGAAGAGAUGUUAGUGUGAAGUCCCUUGAACACCUCUUAACAAAGUUCAGCAGUUUUAGAGAAAUGUGGCUGGAGAAGCUCAACGUGUUAUCAAAAAUGACACCGAGAUCAUGUUGUUAGGACACUGUUUCAAGUGGUUUAUUGCUUAUGUGGUAAACAAAUUGUAUGGGGGCUUUGACUUUUGGAGAAACGAUCGCUUUACAUUUAGUUCCAUGCCACUUGUACCACAUCAUUCGGAAACUCUAUCCAAGUCAGAUUGUAGUCUGGCACAGUCUUUGUGGGAGGAGACUCGGGCGAAUAUCUUCAAGUCAUCGGCAAGACAUAGAAACUCACAAUUAAUGAAACAAGAACCAAUAUCGUUGAUGAAAAUAUUGAAUAGCAGGGGUCCCAGGUGAGAUCCUUGUGGUACACCUGGAGGGAUGUCAAUGGGCUGUGAGCAGAAGUUGAUGAUUUUGACUGUUUGGGUUCUGUUCGUAAGGUAGGCGCUGAUCCAUGCAAGCAGAGUACCAGAUAUUCCAAUUCUCUCAAGCCUCGCAAGUAGGACGUUGUGGUUGACACAGUCGAAGGCUUUAGCAAAAUCGGUAUUCUAUAUAGAGUGAGCAACUCCACCGCUUUCAAGAAUCCCCGAGAUUUUAUCCUGGUACUUCAGGAGGCUAGUUUCGGUUGAGAACUUUGGCCGGAAACCU